CCAAACCUCUCUCGAACUUCCGCGCCUUCCUUUCUCCCAACCUCUCCGGCUUUCUUCUUCUUCCGAAGUCUUCUCCUCACUGUGCAGUAAUUUGUGGCCGCCAAUCCGAAUCCUUGUUCUUAUUUCAUUUGUUAAUCACACAUGAAUUCCCUUCAUCGCAUUGGAAAAUUCUAUUCAACGAAUAAGAAUCGAGUUCUUGAUCUGCCUCUGCAAAUCAAACAAUCCCAUUUCGGUUCAUCCUUCCACGGUAGAGCCUUGUCAAGCAGAUCUUCUUCCCCUACCUCCGGUUUCGGGAAGUUUGGCAAUGGCGACGAUGAGUGGAAUGAUACUUGGGAAUCUGCUUGGCUUCCGCAAGACCUUUCGCCGAAGAAUAAAGCGCCAUGGGAGAGCGAUGUGAACUUCCCGUCUGGAAACCCUACGAUUGUGUUGCCGUCGGAUGUGGAUGCAGAGACGAAAGCAUUUGUUGAGGAUAUGAAUGAGAAUUGGAACGAGAGGCGAAAGGCAUCUCAAACGCAGAAACAAGGAGUGGAUCAGCAAGAGAUGGAAGGUGAUGGUGGCGGCGGGUCGCUUUAUAGCUUGGAAAACAUAAAGAAGGAUUAUAGAUUGAAGAAACAGAGGAUUCAUGCUAAUUUGUGGAUGAAGGAGAUUGAGAAGCAAGAGGAGGCUAGGUUGGGGGAUUCCAUUACAGGCAGUGGAGAUGACAUUGAAAGAUUGAUGGAUAGCUGCUCUGAGAUUUUUGAGUCUGUCAAUGAUGAUUUAAACCAUUCAAAAGUUCCAAGUUCCUCAGAGUUCAGAAACAAACCAGAUGGAUGGGAAACGACAUCCAAAGGCCACGAGGGAAAUGUAUGGGAGAUGACACAAAGGGAAGAAGACAUUCUUCUUCAGGAGUUCGAUCGUCGUAUUGCAUACAACAAAUUUCAGAUUGCUAGUUUCAUCAAGACCCAUAUAUUUAGUCGUCGGAGACCGAUAGAUGGGUGGAAAUACAUGAUAGAGGAAUUUGGGCCAAAUGCCAAGAAAGGAAAAGGUAGUGUUUCAAGGAUGCCUAAUCUUUCUGAUUCUUCAACUCAACCCUUCAAGGAGGAAAGAGUUGCAGCUUCCCCAUCUCUCACACGCUUGAAGAGGAUUUAACUCUAUGCAAGCUACUUCUCGGAUCAUCUGCCCGACUCGAAAAGGUUUGCAACCAUUAGAAAAAGGCAUCUCAUUCUCUCCAAGUAUGAUAUUAUGUUGGUCAUAUUGAUGUUUGCAAGUGCUGAUUGUAAUCUGAGUAUCCUUGCCUGAUAUAGCAUGAAGCAAACUGAAAGUUAUGCAUUUAGCUCAUAGAAGAAGAAUGAGUAUUAAUUUGGGAGACGAUUGAUAUCUAUAAUGUUAGGGUCAUAGGAGGGAAUUUAUGUUUGGUUUUGGUUUAGAAGGUUUUGUUUUCCUCUGAGAACGAUACUCUUUUCAUCAGGAAAGUUGUUUCCUUAUGUACA